AUGGAAGUGUUGAUCGCUGCUCCCGCCAAGUGCAAGGUUCGAGCAGUAAUCCGGUUUCUCCUAGCGAGGAAGUUAACGCCCGUGGAGAUUCAUCAGCAACUGACUGAGGUUUAUAGUGAAGAGUGCAUGUCUGUUCAGCACGUCCGAAAAUGGUGCAGGGCUUUUGCUGAGUGUCGCAUGGAAGUUCACGAUGAAGAACAGAUUGGAAGACCACCGGUUUCAGAUGCGAUUGUCCAGGAGAUCAACAGUGAACUGCUCAAAGAUCCGAGGGUCACUGUCCGUGAACUUGAACGCAUUCCUGAAGCAUCCCACGGCACACUUGAAAUAACUUUAAUAAAAACGUUGAGUUAUCGCAGGGUGUGUGCUCGCUGGGUCCCCCGGAUGCUGACUGACGAACACAAGGAGCAACGCCUUGACUGUGUUCUCAAGUUUCUUCAACAAUGUGAGGGGGGAGGCAACAAGGAGAAGUUGUCUAUCGUCACGGGAGAUGAAACGUGGUUAUUUAAUUACACCCCCGAAACAAAACAACAAUCUCGUCAGUGGCGUCACUCUUGUUCACCGCCACCAAAGAAAUUCAAACAAACGCAGUCGGCAGGAAAGUGUGUCGAAAAAAAUGGAGACUAUGUUGAAAAAUAG